CAGGCGAUGGACGAAAGCGUAACGUCCCUCGCAUCCCGCCCCGUGAGCGCAAACACCCCACCCCCACUCAUAUCCUACUCACUGAAACAAGAAGUAGAUUAUGAUACACCAGAACUAGAAGAGGAAAUUAAUCCACUGGAGCAAGAAGAUGAACUUAUUACAAUAGACCAAGAAGAUGAUUGUAAUUCGCUAGAGCCAGAAAAAGAUUUUAUAUUAACGUUUGAAACCCUUCCAGUGUUGUGGGAUACGAAAAACCCCCACUACACAAAUAAAUACAGAAGGAACAAGGCUUUGGCUAAGUUAGUGCCAAUUUUGAAGAAAACUAAACCUGUCGCAACUAUACAGGAUGUUAAAAAGAAGAUUAACAGUAUAAGAUCUAAUUACCGAAGAGAACUGCGGAAAAUAAUCGCAUCGCAACAACCAGGAGCCAAAGAAAGCGAUGUAUAUAGACCAAAAAUAUGGUACUUUCCAUAUCUUAACUUUUUAAGGAAAUUGGAACAACGACAAUCUUCGGCCCAGCAGAAUGAAGACGAUCCUGAUGAAGAAAACAGCCAACGAUUACAUGAAAUUUCCCAAGUUGGAACGUCAUUUUCAUCAGUAAUUAUUCCAGAAACAACAUCUUCUAGAGUUAAAAAGAGGACUAGUCGAGGACAAUUGCUUGAUGUUCCAAGUCCAAGCUUACCGAAGCUAUGCAACGAAUCUUGCCAACCUAAGAAAAUAUCCAAUCACAUUGUUUUGGAAUGGGCUGAUAUAUUGGAAAAACUUGAUCCUUUGCAACGUCUGUAUGCAAAAAAAGCUAUCAACGAUGUUCUUUUUGAAGCUGAACUAGGCAAUUUACAUAAAAAUUCAAUCAAAAUUAAUGAAUCAAUCCCAAAUUUUACAUUGUCAUCCCCACAAUCAUCAUCAGUGAAAUCUCCGCCAUCCCCAACUUCACCCUGAGUAUUCGAUCACUGAUGUUACUGCUAUUAUGCUAAGUGUUAUCUAGGUUAUAAAUCUAGAUAGUGACCAUAAGGCUGAUCCAUUUUAUUCUAAUAUGAAGUUAUUUCUAUUAUGACGUGUUAAAACAUCUAAUCAUACUGUGAACUGAUCUCAGGACAAAAGAUUAUUUAAAAAAU